CAUAGAAUUUUAACUUCAACUGAAAAAGAAAAUAUUACCCCUGUCCUUAAAAUAACAUCUCCAGCUUCCUCAGCUCUGUAGACCAAUGACUUGUACUGAUGGCAUUGUGGAAUACUUGAAUGAUAGUAACCAAGCCAUGUCUGCAUUACGUGGAGCCGUUCAUGCAAAAUGGAUCAUAGGGAAAGUAAUUGGAACCAAAAUGCGCAAAACAGCUAAAGUGAGAGUAACAAGGCUGGUGCUGGAUCCUUACUUACUAAAGUUCUACAACAAGCGAAAAACAUACUUUGCUCAUGAUCCUCAGCAGCAGUGCAUCGAGGGAGACAUUGUCCUUCUGAAAGCUUUGCCUGAACGAAGGACCAAGAACGUGAAACAUGAGCUUGUUGAGAUUGUGUACAAGGUUGGAAAAGUAAUUGAUCCAGUGACGGGGAAACCCUGUGCAGGCCAGACGUUCCUAAAAAGCAUAACGGACACAGAAAAUCUGACUGAUAGAGAUACUAGCUUUCUCAGUGAAAAACUCCAAGAACUAACAGUAUCUUCUCCAGACAAAUGAAGGGUUGGCAAAUAAUUUGGGACUUUUCUGUUUGUCUCAAAGAAAAUGUUUUAUGUGACACAUGUAGGAAGCACGAUCAAUAAUAAACUGGAGUUAGUGUGCACAUGCAAUAAAAUGUUACAUUUGUUUUUAAA